UGAGCUGUAACGUUACCUGCGCCAUGGGCAACAAACGUCACACCAAACCCUGUUCAAAAGUACGGUUCUUCCAGCGAUUUCGAACGAAGAAAAAGUUUGACGUUUGUAACCACAGUCCCUGAAAGCCACAUGACACAACAACGAAGAUGGCCUGUUGUGGAAACUGUUUUUGUUGCCAAUGUUGCUGCAGAGAAGGAGAGACGCGGACACCCGAGGAACUGACAAUCCUUGGGGAAAUCCGAGAUGAAGAAGAUGAGAUUCUGCCUAGGAAAGACUAUGAGAGCUUGGAUUAUGACUGCUGCAUCAGUGAGCCCUACGUGGAGAUCCUGGAGGGGAUGGACAACAGGAAAGCCAAAAAGUAUGAAGCGAUGCGGUGGAUGAUGAUGUUUGCUAUUGGAGUCACAGUGGGUCUGGUGGGCCUGUUUGUGGAUUUCUUUGUGCGCCUCUUGAGCAAAAUCAAAUUCACUCUGGUUGGCGAUUCUAUAGAGAAGUGCAGUGAUAAAGGCUGUCUCCCUCUGUCUCUGCUGGAGCUCCUGGCUUUCAACAUGACCUUUGUCUUCAUUGCCAGUGUGCUAGUCCUCAUCGAGCCAGUAGCUGCAGGUUCGGGAAUCCCAGAAAUCAAAAGUUACUUGAAUGGAGUAAAGAUUCCAAGAAUUGUCCGGCUGCGAACUUUUCUCUGCAAAGCUGCUGGAGUCCUGUUCAGUGUGGCUGGAGGUCUGUUUGUGGGAAAAGAAGGUCCAAUGAUACACAGUGGAGCCAUUGUGGGAGCUGGUCUUCCUCAGUUUCAGAGCAUCACUUUCAAGAGGAUCAAAUUCGAUUUUCCAUACUUCCGCAGUGACCGGGACAAGCGAGACUUUGUGUCAGCGGGUGCUGCGGCUGGAGUAGCUGCUGCCUUUGGUGCUCCUAUAGGUGGCAUACUCUUCAGUCUGGAGGAGGGGUCCUCGUUCUGGAACCAGGCCCUCACUUGGAAAGUGCUCUUCUGUUCCAUGUCGGCCACUUUCACCCUCAACUUCUUCCGAUCUGGGAUCAACUUCAACAAGUGGGGCUCCUUCCAACUGCCUGGUCUGCUCAACUUUGGAGAAUUCAAGUGUUCAGAUGGAGAUAAGAACUGCCACCUGUGGACAGCAGUGGACCUGGCUUUCUUUGUCCUGAUGGGGGUGGUGGGUGGCCUGCUGGGGGCGCUCUUCAACUACAUGAACAAGAGCCUGGCCAAGUACCGCAUCAGACACAUUCAUCCAAAGGCCAAGUUUAUCAGAGUUCUAGAGAGUCUGCUGCUUGCCAUGGUGACAACAGUGGUGAUAUUUGCAGCUUCCAUACUGUUGGGUGAAUGUCGUGACCUGUCCUCCCCUACAACCCAUAACACCACGCUGUCUGGCAGCGAGGAUAUCAACUCAACCAUUCGCCAGUUCUUCUGCACCAACAAGACCUACAAUGACAUGGCCACAUUGUUCUUCAACCCACAGGAGGCUGCCAUCCACCAGCUCUUCCACCAGGAUGGUACCUUCAGCCCUGUGACUCUGUCAGUGUUCUUCCUGCUGUACUUCCUGUUGGCCUGCUGGACCUACGGUGUGUCUGUACCGAGCGGCCUCUUCGUCCCCUCGCUGCUCUGUGGGGCGGCUUUUGGGCGUCUGGUUGCCAACAUCCUCAAAGUGAAACUGGGAAUGGAUAUCUACUCUGGGACCUUUGCUCUCAUCGGAGCUGCCGCCUUCCUUGGAGGCGUGGUCAGAAUGACCAUCAGUCUGACUGUCAUCCUCAUUGAAUCCACCAAUGAAAUAACAUACGGGCUGCCCAUCAUGAUCACUCUCAUGGUUGCCAAAUGGACUGGAGAUUUUUUCAACAAGGGCAUCUAUGACAUCCACAUCCAGCUGAGAGGAGUGCCACUGCUGGAGUGGGAGACUGAGGUUGAAAUGGACAAAUUGACAGCCAGUGACAUCAUGGAGCCCAAUUUGACCUAUGUGUACCCCCACACCCGGGUCCAGUCUCUGGUCAGUAUCCUGCGCACCACAGUUUACCAUGCCUUCCCUGUGGUCACUGAAAACCGGCAGAAUGAACGGGACUUCAUGAAGGGCAACAUCCUGGUCAGCAACAACAUUCGCUUCAAGAAAUCCAGUGUUGUGUCCCGUGCGGGGGAACAGCGGCGGCGCUGCCAGUCCAUGAAGUCAUACCCAUCCAGCGAGCUGAGGAAUGUUUGUGAUGAACAGAACGCCGUAGUAGAGCCUGCAGAGGAGGGAGAGGACCUGCUGCAGCAGAUGUUAGAGAGGAGACUGUUUCAAGAAAUGGGCAGCAGUGGGGCAGUUGUUGGCGUUGUUUCCUCACAGCAAGAAGGUUCCAGGCAUGCUCCCUACCCCAACCUGUAUCCAGAUCAGUCUCCCAGUGAGGAGUGGACCAUGGAGGAGCGCUUCAGACCACUCACCUUCCACGGCCUCAUCCUGCGUUCCCAGCUUGUCAACCUGCUCAUCAGAGGGGUCUGCUAUGCUGAAAACCAGUCGAGCGCCACCCAGCCCAGGUUGUCCUAUGCAGAGAUGACUGAAGAUUACCCACGUUACCCUGACAUCCAUGACUUGGACCUAGCCCUGCUAAACCCCCGCAUGAUAGUGGAUGUAACCCCCUACAUGAACCCAUGUCCCUACACUGUCUCGCCGAACACCCACAUCUCCCAGGUGUUUAACUUGUUCAGGACCAUGGGCCUGAGACACUUACCGGUGGUUAACGCUGUCGGAGAAAUUGUUGGAAUAAUCACAAGACAUAAUUUAACCCACGAGUUCCUUGUGGCUAAACUGCGACAGCACUGCAUCACUAUCUGACCCGACUCUGGACAUUCUGCCGUCCUUCCAGCCCAGCCUUUGUUUAGCCUGGUCCUGAGCCUUUGUCUCUGUCCAUUCCUAACAGCAUGCACACACUCUCUGUGGUACAGUUCUCCAUUAAGUGAAACUGUUCAGUUGUAUUUCACUCAAGUCUUACAUUUUCAGUUAGUGAAUUGUCAGCUCACCUCCAGCCUAGCCUAGGAUCCACCGCUUCAGUGGCAGGACUGGAAGCAUAGACUAGGUAUACUGCAACAGAACCAUAUUUGACUUUACCAUGUUGAUCUGUACAGAAAAAAGUUUUACAUGACACAAAUAUUACCCAAACUAUCCAUAUUGAGGGCUGAUAAUUCAUUGCUGUGCAUUCAGGCUGUGAGCAGCAGGACUGAGGAGUUGCUCCCCUCUGACACAGCAACAUUAGAGGAUCUGACAGCAUUAAACUUCAAACAUCAGCCAUCCCAGAAAUAUUUUGGUGACUCCAAGAUUAUUAGAACUAGAUUAUUCACUCAACUCCUCAUGCUGAAGCCAGAAAAAGUUCAUGCUCUCCCCGUCCAUGCACCAAAUAAUUUAGUUUUUAUCAAAUGUUAUCAUGAAUGAUCAAACUGAUAAUAAUACAAGUACCUUUCUUUUAAUAGGGUGAGCAAGAUACCUUUGCUAGCAGCAGCUCACACUAGCUUGUUGAUUGUCCCAUCAUGAAUCAUAUUCAUUUAACUCCUGCUUUAAGUUCCAUUUUCCUCCCUGCUUGUCCAGAAAAAAACUUGAUGACAACUGAAAAGAAGUAUUCAGUGACUGAAGCAGGCCUGGUGCUGAGCUCACUGGCCGCUGUUUCUGCUGGUUAGAGACACAAUUUACAAAUCAGAGUUUUGUAAGCAGAAUUCCUGAUGAAGAAGUAAUUUUCUUAGUCAUUGCUACGGGACUACAUCCAUCCAAAAUGCACCAGAACAAUGGCUUAAAAAUAGCAGUGAAUUUGAAUGACAUUGAUGCAGCUGUACAGGUGACUUUUACUAUCACAGCUUCUAUAACUCCACUGCAAAUGGCAUUGGCAGGGCUGAUAUUUCAAAGAUUUCAUAUUGUUCAGCAUGUUUCACCUAGUAUUAACAUAAAUUUCAGUUAUCGGAACACAAGUGAACAGCAGAGGCACAUCGCCAUCAUGCGUCUCCAGCUGACCGCACAUUCAGAUUUUAUUACUGCCCAUGUCACUUAUGCUAGAAGUUUAAGCACCCCACGCAAUGUUAUUAUGACCACACUUUCGCUAGCAUGCUUGCUAGUCACAUUAGCAAUUGUGACGGUACAGCAUAAGAUAUUGCUGUGAGCAGAAUUCAACACGUCUACUUCCAUAGUCCAAAACCAUGGAUGGUCACGCAACACUUUGUCCACCUUGUCAUAAAAUAAGUACAUUAAAGAGCAUUAGCACGCUGUCACCAAAACAACUGAGACAUGUAUAGUUGCAUCCACAUUGCAUUUGCAGCCUACACGACAAGCCCCUACAACGCCCACCUCCAGUCCAAGAUAACCGUCACCAAUGUGACGGUUAUUUGAACCGUGAUACAACGCGACACUGAAGUGAAUAAAUAUGAGGCCAAAUGUAACAAUAAUCUGGUUUAUUAUUUAUUAUGCAUGAAGAUGUGAUCAUCUUAAGCCUAAUUCAGACCAAAAUUUGUGAUUGAAAACAGGCAACAGUUUGCAAUGUACCGUUCUGCUGUGUUCUAAAAACCUGUCGGUUCACACCAGUGCAUCUGGAUGAGACAGUGUAUCAUCUCUAUGCAACAACUCUCUGUACUCCGGUUCUGAUUUCCAGCUUUGCAGGCUUAUUUUGUGGCUGAAUAUAAUUUGUAGCUUCUUAAAAUAUGAAUGAAAAUAGCGAUACUAAGAUACUGGCUACAGUUACAUUUGUAGUAGUGAUGAAACGGCAAAAAACAGAAACAAAAUGAGCAUCAGAUGGACUGUUUUCAUAAUCAGUACGCCACAAUAAUAACAAUAAUAUUACACAAUAAUAACCAGCACCAAUUAAUCAUUCAAUGAGAAUGUGUGUGUGGGCAGGGCAUAAGCACAUACAGCAGGCAGCAGCAGCGACCCACCGUCCAACACCAGCGCACCUUGAGGAUGGAACAGAGGGCUCAGCGGGGACGGAGCACCCUCUGCAGCAAGCAAAAAUGCUGUCUGCGGCUAUUUUGACCUGACCAGCGGACCUCACUACAAGCCGAUUGGCUGUUGAAACAGAUGACAUGCUUUGUGUUCUAAAACCAGCUGCUGGCAAGUGACCAGUUGAGUUAAGGCCAAAACACACCGGCGGCAUCAUAUGACGGCGGCGUCAUAUGAUGGCGGCGUCAUUGACGCGAGUCAAGUGCUGCCCCCAACGCACACAAAAAGCGUCGCGCUGUGGGGCAUCAACCGGAUUUCUAUUGCACACUCCAGUCCGCGGGAGCUGGGAAGUACAAAAUAGCGCUUUUUCAAGGGCGGCGACGCUGGAAAAAUAGGACAAUAGCGUAAAGUGCCGCGGCGCAGCACGUCGACGCGCAUCGAGCCGCCACCGGUGUGGGUUUGUAAACAGAAAAUAAUGGGGGCAGCUGUUUUGACGCGCAUCGUAUGGUGCCGGUGUGUUUUGGCCUUUACAGGUGACACCAUAGCCCCGUUUUCACCAAACACUCUUGGUAUAGUACCUUUGGAACCAAAAGUAACCCUUCAGACAUGUUACCUAGACCCCAGGUCUGUUCAGUGUGUCUACCAUGAACAGUUCUCUUUAAUGCAGGGGUGGUUGUUGUCACUCACUGCUUUGUCCAGCAUUCGCUGUAUUUCCUCAUCACUGGUGACACAGGGGAUCUCGAGGCGCAGCCGGGGGGAGGAAGGGGUCCAGUUUGGGGACCUCAGAAUUGCAUCUCUACUUUUCGCAGAUGAUGUGGUUCUGUUGACUCCAUCACACCAUUACCUCCAGCAUGCACUGGGGCGCUUUGCAGCCGAAUGUGAAGCAGUUGGGAUGAGAGUCAGCACCUCCAAGUCUGAGGCCAUGGUUCUCUGUCGGAAACCGGUGGAUUGCCCUCUCCAUGUUGGGAGAGAGUUACUGCCUCAAGUGAGGGAGUUCAAGUAUCUUGGGGUCUUGUUCACAAGUGAGGGUAGAAUGGAGCGUGAGAUGGAUCAGCGGGUCGGUGCGGCUUCUGCAGUGAUGUGGGCACUGCGUCGGUCCGUCAUGGUGAAGAGGGAGCUGAGCCGGAAAGCAAAGCUUUAGAUUUACUGGUCCAUUUACGUCCCAACCCUCACCUAUGGUCAUAAACUCUAGGUAGUGACCGAAAGAAUGAGAUCGCAGAUACAAGCGGUGGAAAUGAGUUUCCUCCGUGGGGUAGGUGGGCUCAGCCUUAGAGAUAGAGUGAGGAGCUCGGUCAUCCGGAGGGAGCUCGGAGUAGAGCCACUGCUCCUUCGCGUUGAAAGGGGUCAGUUGAGGUAGUUUGGGCAUCUUACUAUGAUGCCUCCUGGGCGCCUCCCGCUGGAGGUGUCCCGGGCACGUCCCACUGGUAGGAGGCCCCGGGGCAGACCCAGAACUAGCUGGAGGGAUUACAUACAGUCAGGUCCAUAAUUAUUUGGACAAUGAUACAGUUGUCAUCAUUUUGGCUCUGUACACCACCACAAUGGGUUUUAAAUG